AUGUUCAAGGCCGCGAAGCUGACGGACUUCGCGUUCAUGAAAAGCAAGAAGUACUCCGAUGACACCAUUCGCAGCCUCAAGGUGUUCCCGUUCGUCAAGAGCAAGAUGGUCAAGGGGCUUUUGAAGGAGAAGGAAGACUACUACAUGGCGGCCAGUGACACAGACAUCGAGCUGCCUACGUGGCACGCCUUGGUGUUGGAUGUUGCUCUUUUGCAACCAUCCUCUUCAUUCAUGGAACGAGUGUUUUCCAUCCUGAGGUGUUGCUUUAAUGAACGGCAGGAGCACGUGUACAGCGACCGUAUUUGCGCUUCCGCACUGCUCAAGUACAACAGGGGUCGGGCCCAGAGUAGCAGAUCAGCAGAGAAGACGGGUAGCGCCGAAGAUGCCAACAGCGGCGGCGGUAGCGACCAGAGCGAUGGCAGCGAUGAACAAAGCGACUGAUGGCCUGUGUUUCACUUUCGUGUAGGUGUCUUACUUGUUCGUAGUUGGUGGGUCAGUACCUGUCCAGAUUUAUUUGUUUGUUUUUGCCCGGACGUGAGCGUGCAUGCCAUGCGUAACGUCGAAGUAUCGAAGCAUCAUAGUAUUCCAUUUCGUUGUUGAUUUGUUUGAUAACUGAGGGCUCGGAAUAUUGCAUGUACACACCAGCGUAACAUGCACGAUGUAGUUUGUAGAAAAAUAAGAGAAGGACGAAGGACACAUCAUUUCGCUUUUCGCGGACAGGUGACAGGUGGCCUCCGCAGCAGUCCAACCGCGUCGCGACCCGCUCGUUUGUGUUACUGGAAGUACGUCGCCGAAAAUCGUCAACAAUCGCCGAAACUCAACUAUGACUCGCCGAAACAUGUGGAAGUCGCCGAAAGUCGCCGAGAAAGUCGUUUUCGGCAUUAAAAAAAAAAUCGCCGAAAAUAUCCGUGAAACGCCGAAAAACAAAACAAAACAUCGCCUACGGGGGGAAAGCCUAUAGAAUGUGUCUGCGGCCGU